CCAAAAGCUACACUUACAUUACAACAUGACUGGAAGGAAGUAUUCAUAGGGGAGACUGUCACUCUUAAAUGUGAAAUACUGGAAUAUGGCCAUAGAGAAUGGACAUACAACUGGUAUAAGAAUGGAGUUCACUCUGCUUAUGGCACAAGUCAAUACACAUUUAAAGUGGAAGAAAAUGCUAGGUUUUCUUGCAAGGGAACCCGGAUGACCCAAGAGUACCAACUGAGUACUGAAUUCAGUAACACUGUUACACUGAAUGUGAUGGCAAAACCCAAACCAACUGUGAAGGUUAAGCCUCAGACGUCUGUCUACACUGGAGACACUGUUACUCUAAGCUGUGAGGUACAGCAGUCUACUGGAUGGAUGUUUUUAUGGUACAUUUACCCUCAGCAGCCAAAAUCAUGGAUCACUGUAAGAAAAAACAAUAUAAUGGAUGUGACAGUCUCUGAAGAAGCAACUUCAGAAUAUGGUUGCGGUGCACGAAGGGGACAAUACUACACACAUUACAGUGACGUAGUCAAGAUCACAGCAGCUGAUGGAUCACUCUUUUGGAACCAAACCACAGGACAGAUAAUCAUCCAUACCAUCUCAAAAUCAGAUGAGGGUCUCUACCACUGUGAAUACCCAGAGAGAAAAGAGUCACCAAAGAGCUGGGUCUCAGUCAGAAGUACAAGAUCUCUGUCUGCCCCUACUGGACAUCUCAAGAACACUAGCCAGACCACGGGCCAGAGGCAGAGUUGGACUGGGCCUGGGAGCUCUCUUUCAGGAACCUCACUGCUGCAAGCAGGAGGUGAUCUGAUUUAUGCCAAUGUUGGUAACAGGAUUACAGGCCCAACUGAUGGAACUUUCUCAAAAAAAGAGCUGAAAAACUUGAAACUUCACAGUAAAGAUGCUGGUGCAGGAUUCAGUGAUGUGACUUAUGCUCAAAUUAAAAUGAAACCCAAGAAGAAACCAAAACAAACAGAGAAGACCAGGGAGGGCACUGAUGUGAUGUACUCAGAACUGAAACAGAAGUCAGAAAAGGAUGGUCCAGGACCCAGUGAUGUGACUUAUGCUGAAACUGAAAUGAAAACCAUGAAGAAACCAAAAUAAACAGGUGAGACUGAG